GAAUGUUUAAAUUAUGUCAAUCAUAUGAAUGUUUUUGAUCAGUCACCUUCAUUACAAAGUAUUGCUACAACUGCAACGUCUACUGAUACUAAUUCAAACAGUAAUWUUCCUGAUUUUUUAGACGUAGKAGCAUUUAUUAAUGUUCGACCAAUUGCAGAUGACUUAAAGUACAAGUUACUGAAAUUUCCAUUCAAGCCAACCAGUUGUUAUAAUUUCAAAAAUGAUAUGAUCCCAGGUGCUAAACGAGGAUUCAGUGUUGGAUGUCUGGAUAAAUAUGAUUGGAUGGUUUAUUCUCCAACAUGUAAAGGAGUUUUAUGCAAAUUUUGUGUGUUAUUUAAGCCUACUCUUAAAAGAGGAUUGUAUGGAGCAUUUAUAAUUAAACCGUUUGUUAAAUUUUAUAAAAUACAUGAAGAAGCAAAAAAACAUAGCCAAUUGCAAUGUCAUAAAGAUUCAACAGCAUCAGCAAAAAUGUUUGAGGAUACAUUAACAUUUAAAAAAAAAACUGUGUUGGAACAAAUAGAUACUGGGUAUAACAGAGUUAUUGAAAAUARCCGAAAAAAGAUUAUCCCAAUUAUUAAAACAUUAAUAUACUGUGGAACACAUGAUAUUGCUAUAAGAGGUAAAUGUUCUGAUGAAGGAAAUUUUAUUGAUUUACGGAAGUUUCGAGUAGACUCUGGUGAUACAAUUUUGAUGAAUCAUUUUGAAACAUGUACAACUAAAACAAAAUAUGUGUCCCAUAGAAUACAGAAUGAGAUAAUAAGUAUUUGUGGUGAUGUUAUUCGCAACGAUAUAAUAUCUUGUAUCAAUGAUUCUUAUGUAUUUUCCUUGUUAGCUGAUGAAACUUCUGAUAUAAGCGGAAAAGAGCAAUUGUCAAUUGGUAUUCGUUAUUUCAACAUGCAAAGUUUUGAAAUUAGAGAAGAAUUUCUAGGUUUCACUGAAGUUCAAGACCUAAGUGCUGAAGGUAUUGCAAAUGCCUUAAUUAAUAUCACUAAUAAAUAUGGAUUAAGUUUGUCACAACUUAUUGGCCUUGGAUUUGACGGAUGCUCGACAAUGAGUGGUAGAAUAAAUGGAGUACAAAGUAUCAUACGACGCAAGUAUCCAAUGGCAUGUUUUUAUCAUUGUGCUUCACAUAAACUUAACCUUGUCAUAAAUGAUCAAAAUGCUAUCCCAGACAUUAGAAACACUUCUA